AUGACAUAUUUAUUUUUUACUAUUGUCAUAUUUGGCGCUGUAAGUGCUCUUAAAAAAUCUUAUGGAGGAUAUAAGGUAUAUAGAGUUGUACCAAGAGAAGAUGCCGCAGUAAGCCACCUUGAAGAACUAGUUCAGAUUGGACUUGGAGAACUUUGGAAUGAUAACAUUGAAGUAAAUCUAGAUGUACGAAUCAACGUGGCACCCGGAGAUAUAACCGAUUUCCUCAAAUUCAUCAAGUCACAUAGAAUUGAAUUUAAAGAAGUGAUUCCAGAUAUUGAAAGUACAAUUAACUAUCAACUCAAACCAAGUACACCAAGGAUCUCGGAACCAUUUCUGUCAUAUACUUGGACUGAGUAUCAUAACCUCAAAAAAAUAUAUGCAUGGCUAGAUGAACUACAAGAUUAUUAUGCUACAAAAGUUGGAAUCGUGAACACGGGUGAAUCUGUUUUGGGAAAUCCUAUCAAAGGAGUAGUUCUUAAUUUCAAUCCCGAACAAAGUGGAAAAUUGUUUGGGGUACUAGUAGGUACACUUCAUGGCCGUGAUUGGAUUUGUCCAGCAACAGUAACAUGGAUUAUAAAGGAGUUUUUAACGAGCAAUAAUCCAGCUAUCAGAGCGUUAGCAGAAAGCAUUGAGUGGCAUAUUUUUCCCGUUGCAAAUCCUGAUGGAUAUGAAUAUACUUUUAAGAAUGAUCGUAUGUGGAAGAAAAACAGAAAUCCUAGGAAUUUUACUACCUGUAUGAGAGCUAAAGAUGAGAUGAGCGUCGGCGUCGAUCUUAAUAGAAAUUUUGACUUCCAUUGGAUGAGUUUCGGAGCUAGCGAUAACCCCUGCAGUAAUACAUUUGCUGGUCCUAGUCCAUUUUCCGAACCGGAAUCCAGAGCUAUUCGUGACUAUAUGUUGUCGAUCAAUCAGCAAGGCAAGCUGAUUUAUUACAUUGGUUUUCAUUCAUUUGGUCAAUCGAUUGUUAUACCUUACAGCCACUUGACAGAUCCAAACUCAUUAAAAUCAAGCGAUCAUGGGGAUAUAUAUAAAAUAUCAUUAAGAGCCGCAGAGGCUGUGAAAAAAAAGCACGGCACUGAAUAUAAGGUCGGACCUUCUGCUAGUACUAUGUACGCAAUGAGUGGUAGCAGCUUCGAUUGGGUGAAGAACGCAACAAAAGUUCCUGUCUCGUUACUUCUACAACUGCGCGACAGUGGGGAGUACGGUUUUCUCCUACCACCAGAUCAGAUUGUUCCUACUGCUACAGAAGCAAUGGACGCUCUGCUAGAAAUGGACAAGACUACCCGAAAAUUGGCGGUAAUCUUUGCUUCUGUAAGUGGCGUAAAACAAUCAUAUGAUGGAUAUAAAAUGUUCAAAGUUAUACCAGAAGAUGAAACCGCAGUGAGUCACUUGGAAAAUUUAAGUUGGAAUGGGCUUGGAGAAUUUUGGGAUGAUAAUAUUGAAAUAAAUAAAGAAGCCAGAAUAAUAGUAUCGCCUGAUGACUUGCAAAAUUUUCUUGACUUUUUAAGGAUAUCUGGUAUUGAAAAUGAGGAAGUGAUGCCAGACAUUCAAAGAACAAUUGACCAGCAACUUAAACCUGCUACUGCAAGGACAUAUCUUAAAUCGAAUCUUACAUAUUUUUGGAAUGAAUAUCAGAACCUCAGAAACAUAUAUGAUUGGUUAGAUGAACUACAACAAAACUAUUCUAAAGUAGUUAAAAUUGUAGACAAGGGUCGUUCUGUUUUAGGAAGAUCCAUCAAAGGAAUAGUCAUAAACCACCACCCUGAACGAAAAAAGAAACGGAUUGGAGUACUAGAAGGUACACUUCAUGCUCGAGAUUGGAUCUCUGCAGCAACACUUACCUGGAUUAUCAAAGAAUUUUUAACGAGCAAUGAUUCCGCAGUAAGAGCUUUGGCAAAAAACUUUGAAUGGCACAUCUUUCCUAUAGUAAAUCCUGAUGGCUAUGAAUAUACUUUCUCAGAUAAUCGAAUGUGGAAAAAGAACCGAAGCCCCCAUAAUUUUACUACAUGCCCUAGAGGAAGGGGUGAUAUGAGUAAAGGAGUUGAUCUCAACAGAAACUUUGACUUCCAUUGGAUGAAUGUUGGGAUAGCAAAGAACCCUUGUAGUAACUCAUUUGCUGGUCCUCGACCAUUUUCUGAACCGGAAACCAGAGCCGUUCGUGACUAUAUGUUGAAGAUUGAUCAGGAAGGCAAGCUAAUCUACUACAUCGGUUUCCAUUCGUAUGGCCAGUUGAUUAUUGUGCCUCAUAGUCAUUUGUUUUCUGACCAUUCAUUGCUGGGAAGCGAUUAUGGUGAAAUGUUUGAUAUUUCAUUAAGAGCCGCAGAAGCUCUAAAGAAAAGACACAAUACUGAAUACAAGGUUGGGCUUUCGUCUAGCGUUAUGUAUUCAAUGAGUGGAAGUAGCUUUGACUGGGUUAAGAACGCAACGAGGGUUUCCGUCGCUCUACUUUUUGGACUGCGCGACCGCGGUCAGUACGGGUUCCUCUUGCCAGCAGAUCAGAUUAUUCCUACUGCAAUGGAGACCAUGGAUGCUCUUAUAGAAAUGGAUGAAGCUACAAGAAAUUUAGGAUACUACUCUUCAGGAGCAGGCUCCUUGAAUCGCUUACAAUACAUAAGAGACAAUGGGCUUGGAGAGUUUUGGGACGAUUACCUUGCCGUGAAUCUAGAUCUCAGAAUCAACGUGCCUCCCGAGAACAUAAAUAACUUCCUUCGGGUUUUGAAGUCAAGUGAUAUCCAAAGUCAGGAAUUGAUUUCUGACAUUCAAAGUGCUAUUGACCAACAAAUGAAACCAGUUUCAUCGAGAUCCUCUGUAUCGUACUUGUCAUACUCUUGGUCUGAAUAUCAUAACCUUGAUAGAAUAUACACUUGGUUGGAUGAAUUACAAGAAAAUCACCCUGAUGUCGUCAAAACAGUAGAUAAGGGUACAAGUGUUUUAGGGAACUCUAUCAAAGGAGUAAUAAUAAAUUACCAUCCAGAACGAAGUGAAAAAGUAAUGGGCAUAAUAGAAGGUACGCUUCAUGCUCGCGAAUGGAUCUCUACAGCAACAGUUACUUGGAUUAUCAAAGAGUUUUUAACAAGCACUGAUCCGGCAAUAAGGGCUUUGGCAGAAAAUUUAGAGUGGCAUAUAUUCCCUGUUGUGAAUCCUGAUGGAUAUAAUUACACAUUUACUCAUAAUCGUAUGUGGAGGAAAAAUCGAAGUCCAGCAAGUUUCACAAGUUGCCCAGAUAGCGAUGACAAUAGCAACGGUGUUGAUCUUAACAGAAACUUUGAUUUCUAUUGGAUGACUGUAGGAGCUACAAGCAAUCCUUGUAGUAAUUUGUUUGCUGGACCUAGCCCAUUCUCAGAACCUGAAGCAAGGGCUAUUCGCGAUUAUACGCUGCGAGUAAAUCAAGAAGGCAGGCUCAUUUAUUACCUGGCUUUCCAUUCUUGGGGCCAGAUGUUUGUUAUUCCUUACAGUCAUGUAACACCUGAACAAUCGUUACUAUCAGGAAACUUUCCUAACAUGUUCGAAAUUUCAAUAAGAGCCGCCGAUGCUUUGAAAGAAAGAUAUGGUACUGAAUACACUGCAGGACUAUCGGCUAAUGUUUUAUACCCAAUGAGCGGCACCAGUUUCGACUGGGUGAAGAACGUUACGAAUGUUCCCGUCUCGGUACUUCUAGAACUACGUGACCGUGGUACCUACGGCUUUCUGUUGCCGCCUAACCAGAUUAUCCCCACCGCCUUGGAGACAAUGGACGCCAUGAUAGAAAUGGAUAGAAUGACAAGGGCUUUGGGGUACUAUCAUCGUUCUUCUGCAGUUGUAGUGUAUUCAUCCUUUACAAUAAUUGUAGUAAGCGUUCUUGGAGUAAUGUUUGGAUAA